AAUCACAUUUAUUUUACAGUGCUACGCAAUAUGUUGGCGCUAUAUAAAUACAUGUUAAUAAUAAUAACCCUAUCUGGCCCUGGUUUCUAUGUAGGAUGCUGCUGGUUUGUGCCUACUCCCUGCUGGACUCCAGGAAGUUCGUGUUUGAACAUAUAAAAAAAAAAAUGUAUUCAAACUUUCAUAACAAGGCAAAUUUUGUAAAACGGACAUGGUAAUUAUGGGGUGUGGCCACAAAAAUGGGCGUUGCCAAAAUUAUUUCACAGCGCUAUGUGCACCAAAUCUUUUUAUCCCUCAUUCUGUUUCCAAAGUGUUGGGAGGUAUGCUGGCUACAUGUGCUUCAUUAGUUAUCCGAGGGGCCGGGGCCGCCAAACUCUAGUUACGCCACUGUCUGCCAGCAUCUCCCGUGCAAAAUCAUUAGGGGAUUGUUAGUUUUGCCUUCAUGAUCUACUUGCACCGCCAGGUGUCGCCAUCGUUUCCAGUCACGUGGGUCCUAUUUCCAACACAAAUCACCUCGUGCAGCGCAAGAUCGUUCCGCAAGGUGUCAGUAUAGAGCUAAAUCCUCCCGCUGACACACUGUCUGGUACGGAAGCCCGAAGUGGAUAGAAGACUAAAAAGCGUUACGGAUGGUGCAGCUGAUCAGGGCAGGGAAAGGAUUCGCUAGGAAUAGAGAGUUCACAGGAAUCGUCUGCAUAACUGCACACGGAAGGGAAGCCACUGAGCGAAUACAGAGAGGAGAAGUGUAUGUGUAGCAGCAACACUGCACAAAUGACUUCAUAUUCCUAUGCACAUUCAUUGCACUCCCAGAUGCAGCACAUGCUGAGCUGAGGCGCACAAUCCUGUGGGAGUAGUCGGGGGCGUGUGGGAUGAGCACAUAUAGGGGCUGCUGCUACAGUUUGGUUUUAGGACAGUGACAUAUAUGUGGGCACAGGCUUCACUGGUUAUCUCUCUGUCAUUCUCCUGUCUCUGUCUGACACCCCCACAUAUUGCAGGGAGGACAAUGGGGUGUAGCUGACUAUAAACAUCCUCUGAGUGUCAGCUCUUCAGGGAAACUCACUGAGAAACAUGGAGCUCUGGCUGAAGCUGUCAUUGUUCCCAGCACUAAGGGCAGUGUUGAUUUAACAUGCUGCCUAUAUACAUUUUGCAUGGAUUCUUGCACUUAAAUGAGGGUGUUAAUCUCAUGUAUAAAUGGCCUGGGGCAGCGUAAAUAUGCUUCAGGUCAAAAUGAAGUAGUGACAUGACAGGUGGCUCCAUGUGGGACUGUACAAGCAAGAGAAACACAUUUGUUGAUUGAAAGAGAGAAGAACCCCUGCGGCUGCUGUAAGCGCUGUACCUGAUAGGAGCCACCGUAUCAGCACUUUCUGGAAUGUUCAAGAGGUGUUUAAGUCCUUUACAAAAGGCAUAUGCCAAAGGCAACACCGUUCUGUUGGCAUUGGGGAAAGUCACAUAUAAAAAGGUGGUACAAGGAAGAAUUCAACAAAUUCUCCAGUGGGAAAUCAACCAUUUCAAGUUGUAGCCUAUCCCUUGCAGCCCUACCACCUCCCUGCUCGUCUCUGCAGAUCUCUAUAAACACUGCACACAUUUACCUGCUAUUUCUAGCCUAUCCCACAGCCUGGGUAUAUUCACACUACUUAUUUCGGUGGUAGUCCUACUCCCAGUCCAAAAACCUUUUCAGUGCCUCGCUGCUGUGUGCGGCUCUAGUAUAUGGCUUUCAUGAUGAUGAAAAAGAAGAAAUUCAAGUUUCGAGUGGAUUUUGAACUGGAUAAUCUCUCAUCUGUUCCAUUUGUCAAUGGGAUUCUAUUCUGUAAAAUCCGACUUCUGGAUGGGGGCAGCUUCAGUGUGGAGUCCUCCAGAGAAGUUGUUCAAGCCAAUAGCGUUCACUGGCGGAAACAGUUUACGUUUAUGUGCAAGAUGAGCGCCAGUGCAAACUCAGGGAUACUGGAUCCAUGUACAUGCAGGGUGUCUGUGCGCAAGGAGCUGAAAGGUGGUAAAGCCUACGCAAAGUUAGGUUUCGCAGAUUUGAAUCUGGCGGAAUAUGCUGGAUCUGGUAAUACUGUUCGCCGGUGCCUUUUGGAAGGUUAUGACACCAAAAACACACGGCAGGACAAUUCUAUCCUAAAGGUUGGGAUCAGCAUGCAGCUCAUGUCUGGGGACCCCUGCUUUAAAACCGCACCUUCAACUGGUACAUCAAUAGCAAUUCCUGGAGAUUCAGACUCUCUGCAAAAAGACAGGAAAGGCUGCGAGACUGGGAAACUACAUUUGGGAGUUGCAGACCUUUCAUCUAAAAACGCAUCAGUCCCAGAUGAACUGGGAGCAUGUGGACAUUCCAGCCAACAGUCCAGGGCUUCAGGAUACAGCACCAGUCACUCACGAUCUUCCAGUUUGUCUGAGCUGAGCCACAGGAGGAACAUGUCUGUUGGUAGUGCAUCUACUGGAACCGAUAGUAUCCCAGAACCCAGUGAUGAAGAUAAUACCAAGGCUGCAAGGUUCAGCCCAGAAAUCUCAGAAGAGGGGUUGUCUCCUGAAAAACUCAGCAGCCCACCGGUAAAGCAGGACUCGGUUGAGUCACAGUUAAAGAGAAUGGAUGCAACUCGAGUGGAUGCUGAUGACAUUGUAGAAAAAAUCCUCCAAGGACAUGAUUUUACCUUGGACUCCAGUGCUGAAGAGGAAGGUCUGCGCUUGUUUGUAGGCCCUGGUGGAAGCACAGCGCUUGGGAGUCAUCACCUUUCCAACAGGGUUGGUGCUGGAGCAUAUGAACAGGUUGUGAUCAAACGCUAAGGAUUCUGUCUUGGAGAAACCAGUGUGUCGAGUGGAACAAAUCCUUGUGAGAGUCCAUCCCGCUUCAUUUCACACAUCACAGACUGUUCUAGUGGUACAGAAUAACAGGACUUUAUCCUGACUGAAUACUGUGCUGCCUGCUAACGCUCCGGCCUGUAUCCUCCCUGGAAGCAUUCAUGUUUGUGGGACUGAGAAGUAAGCAAUGUUCUCUAUACACGGUAUCCUGGAGUGAGUUACACUAUUUAUACUAUAGAUACAACAUCGGAAAGGUGAGAACACGAUAACCCUCCUGUGCUGAUACCCACAUUGCUGGGAAAUACACUCUGUACUUCUUGUUGUUUUUUGUGUGAUGUGACAUGCUAAUAGAAGUAUCAACUACACAAUAUAAUAUGAUACUACUGAGAUAUACUACAGUUACUUCAUGCCUUCUACAUAGACUAAGUUGCUAUAAGAAUAGAACUGUGGGUGGUAAGCUCAUGUAAUGUAUAUAGGUUAAAAACCUAUACAAAUCCACCACAUGUUCCUGUAAGCCCCCAUAUACAAUAAGCCAUGUGGAGCUCUGUUUAGGCAAGAGAAAAAGAUAGCUAAUAGCACAGCCUGAUUACAAAAACAGAACUUAUGUAUAAAAUAAGAGAUUUUUACAUUUACAAGAUAGAAGCCAGUUAAUACUCUUUAUUUUAUUUAUUUAUACUUGCGUGGGGAUAACCUUGUAUAUUGAGCAGGUCUUCCUGUAACCAAAGACUUGCAACAUGGAGCUUCCAUCCAGCCGCACCAUUGGGAACAAAGCUAAAGGGAUACUAAUAACGGGAGCUCUGCUGAAGUGGAGCAAAUACAGCGAGAAACUUGGGGCUAUAGCAAAAUACAGCGAAAUGUCUAGUCUACGAAUGGAUGAGGGAGGAAACUCAGCACCCCAUACACCACCCCAUAAUAACCUGUGCUGCUCAUUCACUUUCAGAGCAAUGAUCCACAUGCCUUUUGGCAGUAGUUCAAAGGGCAGAGGCCAAAACACUGAAAAUUGGUUGUACGGCAGUUGCUAGCAUGCACAGGCGCUGACUCCGGCAUUUCCAAGCGGCAGUUGCCUGACAAGUGAGGGUCCCUGUGCUUACAAACCACUGUCAUACAAGUCAUUGAGGGAUGAUUUGACUGUUUUGUCCUGUGCUCAUGAAGAAGAGGACAAAACAUUCUGCUUUUUUUGUCCUUAAAGGGGAAGUAUCGCAAAAAUGUAAAUUUAAUAUAAGCGUCCUCUAAAAACUUUCUAAACACAAUCAAUUAAAAAUUCUGCAUUGUUUCUGA